CCAUGAGAGCAGAGAGCAUCACAGAAAACUACAAUUAUAUAGGACUCUUUCUCUCCAACAAAGCAACCGGAAAGGUUCAGAUUUUCUUACAAACGAAGAGCCUUUAUAUAUUAUAAGAAUGGCGUGUUGAGCAGGUGAAACAGGCAAAGCGAUAGAAAUUUUACAAGACAGAAUAAAGUUGGGAGAGAAAAUAGAUAUCGAGCUGGAUCACUCAAUGGUACGGGUAUGUGCGAUCCUUAUGCUUUUCCUCUUCCCUCGCUCCGUCAUUGUAGAUGCACAUACAAGCUUUAUCUUCGACCAAUUCAAUGCGUCGUCCCUCGAAUUGUUUGCGAAUGCCUCAGUGAAGUCCAAUGCCAUCUCCCUUAAUGGUCUAUUCCAAUACAGUAUCGGCCGUGCUUUUUAUAGACAUCCCAUACGUAUGAAAGAUCGUGGUUCUGGGAAUUCUAUCUCGUCUUUCAGCACAAGUUUUGUGUUUAGCAUUGUUCCUUCAGCUUCACACAGCGGUUUCGGUCUGGCGUUUUUAAUGACGCCCCACAAGUCUCCAGAAGGAUUUUUAGCCAAUCAGUACCUUGGCCUGAUUAGCAACAUAUCAAGUAUGGGAAAAGCCUCUAAUCAUCUAUUUGCCGUGGAGUUCUCCACUUUAAAGAACUUGGAAUUUCAGGACAUCAACGACAAUCACGUUGGUGUGGAUAUCAAUGAUCUCAGGUCUGUAAGCUCUACGCCUGCCAGUUUCUGGACUGGCAACAAUCAGUUCCGAGAUUUGAAUCUCAAGAGUGGACAGAAUAUUCAGGCUUGGAUUGAUUUCGACCAUCUUCGAAACGAGCUCAGGGUGACCAUUGCAGAGGCUGGUUCACAUCGCCCAGAAACGCCACUGAUAUAUAUGAAAAAUAUGUCUCUGUUUAACAUUGUCGAAGAAGAUAUGUAUGUUGGUUUCUCAGCAGCUACGGGAGCCAUGUUUGAAGAGAAUUACAUCCUCUGCUGGAGCUUCAAUACAAACGGUACUGCCCCUUUUCUGAAUGCAUCUAAUCUUCCAUCCUUUGUACGCAGAGAUAUCAAGAGCUCAAACGCCACACUGAUUGCCGGUAUUACGACGGCUUCCGUUGUCCUCAUUGUGGUGGUGGCAGCAUCACUUGUGCGGUUGAAGAGAAAGCAAUACAGAAAUCUUAUUGAAGAAUGGGAGAUGGAGUAUUGGCCUCACAGGUUCAAGUAUAAGGACCUACAUAUUGCAACCAAGGGCUUUGGAGAGAAGCAACUUUUGGGAUCUGGAGGCUUUAGCCAAGUCUACAAAGGAGUCCUUCCCUCAAACGGCCUCCAAGUGGCGGUGAAACGUAUUCUGAGAGAAACAGAUGAUGGGGUUAAGGACUUCAUAGCUGAGAUCUCCAGUCUUGGUCGCCUUCAGCAUCGAAAUCUUGUCCAGAUCAGAGGCUACUGCAGGCGAGAAAACCAGUUAUUCAUAGUUUAUGACUACAUGCCAAAUGGGAGCUUGGACAAGAUGAUAUUUGGAAACCCAAACAAGGUUCUCAAAUGGGGUCAGAGGUACAGAGUCCUCAGGGAUGUCGCUGCGGGGUUGGUGUAUCUUCACGAAGAGUGGGAACAACGCGUAGUGCACAGAGACAUCAAGUCCAGCAAUAUUUUGCUGGACUCGGAGCUAAACGGAAAGUUAGGGGAUUUUGGGCUUGCCCGUCUAUAUGAGCACAACGAAAGGUCACAGACUACUCGGGUUGUGGGAACGCUGGGAUACAUCGCACCAGAGCUCAUGCACACAGGAAAGGCCAGCCCCGCCACUGACGUGUUCAGCUUUGGUAUUUUUAUGUUGGAGGUUGCUUGCGGAAGGAGACCUGUGGAUCCCUCUGUCCAACAUGCUCAAGUAGUUCUGGUGUACUGGGUGAGAGCGCUUGAUGCCAAUGGCAGUCUCAUGGAUGCAGCGGACCCGAAUCUUGGUGGGCAAUACGUUGACGCUGAGAUGGAGAGAGUGCUCAGAUUGGGGCUACUGUGUUCUGAUCCUCACCCAGAUAGUAGGCCUGGAGCGAGACAAGUUCUGCAAACACUUGAAGAAGAAGCUGUCAGUUUCAUUUGUAGAUGACUGCAACGAGCAAUUCUUUCAGAUCUCCUUGAUAGCAGUAAUGCUUAACGGAACACCGAUUCUGUUUUUCACCGCCUCACUGCAAACUGGUGCUAACUAUUUUGGGAUUGCCCCGUUUGCAAACUGGCAUCCUUAUCCACAUCAUCCACCGUCUACAAUCAGAUUUUUGACUUGCCGUGAAGUGCAAGUUUAUGAACCGCCUUCUGUAAAUAUAAAACAGGGGCUUAUGUAAGAGUUUCAUAUUAUGAUAAGAGCUCUAUCUGAGUUGCUUGUGUAAUCUACAUUCAAUACUAGUAUUUGCAUUAUAACGAGGUGUAAUGGUUAUGUGGAUUGUAAGAUAUGUUUUCCGUAAUAU